ACGGCCUACUUUUCGGACGGAUUUUACGUUGUUUGACGCAAUUUUUGCACCGACUUUCUGCCUUCUUUUUUCGUCACACGCUCCCCAAUUAAUUUCGCAGGUCUUCUGAUCGAUUCCCGCCCCGUUUAUUAAAGCAACCCCCCUCCAAAUCCUCAUUCUCCCACAACGUCUUCUUCCCCUAAAAAAAAUAUGCAGGUUUUCAAAGCAGGAUAGGUAUACAUGUUAUUUGCAGAUUGUUUACAUCAGAGGGCUUCUUCUUCUUUAGAGCUGGAAACAGGUCUGAGAGAAUCUGCGUGGAGUUUUAUUUUUCCCCACUUCAUUUUCAGGUUUUUUCCCCUUAUUUUUGCCGUUUCCGCUUUAGUUGGCCUGUUUUUUGCCGUCGUUUUCUCUGAUUGUUUGGGGUUUGGUGAUUCUGCAAUGGCUCAAGACCUCCUGCUAUAAAAUCCCCUGAUUUAACUAGCGGUUUUAAAAGUUUUAGUUUUAAUGUCUUGUGCAAAUUAGGUCAAGUAUCAAAGCCGUUGCCUAUUCUCUUACGGUUUUUGUCCUUGAAGGGUAGGUUUUGUCAUAUAUUUUACGGUGAAGGGAUUUAGAUGGCAAGUCCAGGGUUUGAAACUGUUGCCCUGUAAUAAUCCGAAUAAUCUCAAAUAUUGGAUGCUUAUUUUUUGUGGCAUAGUGUUAGAGAUGAAUAGCUCUAGGGUUUGAAAGGAUUUAAGUCUAUAUUUUCCCCUUCUCUUUAAAUCUGAUAAUCGGGGUUUUAAAGUGGUAGUAGGAUAGGAAAUUUCUAGGUCUGGGGCCUAAGUGUAGCCUACAGGAUUUAGUCAAAUCUAAAGGUUUGAGAGGAUUAGUCCGCAUUUUCCAGAUUUUGAAGCUUAAAUCCUGCUGUUCUCCUAAGAAAUCGCAGGGUUGAGAGGACUGCCCUGCAUUUUUUACUCAAAAAUCACGGUUGUAAAGGAUUUUUUCUAUAUGUUUGGAAAGCCCAGGCUUUAAAAGCAUUAACCUGCAUUUUUCUUGGCAAGCCACGGUCUGAAAGGGUUUUGCCUCCAGAUAUUAUUAAAAUUUGUGGAUUCAAAUAACUUUUCAUUAGAAGUAUCUAGAAGCUUGAAGAGUCUAGGCGCAGGAGCCUCCUCCUUGAGGUUUCGGGCGCCGAUCAUGGUUUUGCUUUGAGUCCAUUCUGCGGCUCAUAAAAUCUGCUACAUUUUGUGGUCGCGAGCCUUGAUUUGGCACGGCAUUUUGUACGAAGAUGCUCAAGAGCAAUGUUUGGCAAGACGUUGAGGCGACGAAAGGCGUAUCUUUGUCCAAAGAAGUGCAUUUCAGAGGAGUACGGAAGCGGCCGUGGGGGAGAUUUGCCGCAGAGAUCAGAGAUCCGUGGAAAAAAACGAGGGUUUGGCUCGGUACGUUUGAUACAGCAGAAGACGCCGCCCGUGCCUACGAUAAUGCGGCGCGGGCUCUUAGAGGUGCAAAAGCGAAAACAAAUUUUCCUGUUCCCUGCGAUGAUCAGAGCACGAGCCAAAGCAGCACUGUAGAAUCCUCCAGCGGGCAAAAAAAUAGCCUUUCGAAGAAGAGCACAGGGAGCGGCGAUCUAAACAGAACAGGCUCUCGUUUUGUGAAGGCCAGGGUUUCCAAAGACGUCCUUAAUGGCAAGCGAGUCAAUGGAGAGAGAAGUACUGUAUCUAAGAGAUACAGGAGAGGGAAGGUUGCAAAUGGUGGCUACGAUUGGGCGAAUGGUGUUAUGCCGCCGCCUUUAGGGUUUGAUGCCGCGGCUUGCCAUAGCGAUUGUGAUUCAUCAUCUUCUGUUGUGGAUAAUGACGCCCUUGAGGCUGCUUCAUGCGAUGAAAUGCCGUUAAUUGAAGGCAAUUCAGAAAUGGUCAGGCUUUUUAAUAGGCCCGAAGAGCGCAAGUUUUUGCUGCCGGAUUUGAACCUGACGCCUUGUGACUGUGACGACGACGACAAAGACUACAGAAAUUUUUGGGGCAUAUCAUUGCGUCUGUGAUGGUAUGUUUGACUUGUUUUUCCUCCUCAAGUUUGUGGUCGCAAGCUUAAUUUGAAUCCUGCUUUUUUGAUUAGUAGGUGUUGCUUGUGUGGAUUUGGCUGUCUGAAUCUGCGGGCUUUUCCUCUGAUUUAUGUAAAUGGGCGCUCUUGCCUGGGAACUUUCAUUGCUUCCCAUGUUUCGGGGAAAUCAGUAAAAAAUUGCGUUAGAAAUACUACAGCAAAUUGCAAUCCCAUUUUUGUGUCAUAGGAGCAUAGGCAGAUCUAUAUCAUCUGAGGCUUGUGGUUGAGUCCGAAUGGUCUCAGGCUUAGUUACAUGGGCCUUUACUUUUUGACUAUAAUGUACAAAGAAGAAAUGGGUAAUAGAAUAUUGCUAUUUCAGUA